GUAGGUAACGUCGUGCGGUGGCAGGUGCUUGCAGUGACGAAACGGUUGGUGAGGAAUUAACGGUUUACUUGUACUGGAGUCUGACACAACUGUAUCUUGACAAGUAACACCAGAAAUGGACUUCACGAGUCUUUUCGUACUGCUGGUGCUGAUGCCGGUGAUGACUGAUGCAGCUUGUAUUACAAGUUGCGCCGGCAAGUCGACAACUGAUGGCAUGCGCUACCCCGACUGUGAUGACUGCAAGUACUACAUCAGAUGUGAGCCAUCUGGACUACAGCGGAGAGUCUGUCCAUCAUCGCUGGUUUUUAACUCUGCUGCAAAUAAUUGCGAUUUGAUAAGCAAUUCAGUGUGCGGUACAACGUCAGCGACUACAUCUGCAACAACGACCUCACAAACAACAUCUGCAACUACGACUUCACAAACAACAUCUGCAACUACGACUUCACAAACAACAUCUCAAACUACGACUUCACCAACAACAUCUGCAACUACGACAUCACCGACGACAACAUCCCUGACCACUCCUGCAGAGGGGACGUGUGUAUCCUCCUGUCUGGGUAUCCCCGUGUCCAGUGAACGCUACCCACACUGCACUGACUGCACCUUGUAUGUGCAGUGUCUGUCGGGGGGCAUGGUCGUCACCGCAUGUCCUUCCGGCCUCCAUCACAACGACGCCAACGACGAGUGUGAUCUAUCAAGUAACUCCGGCUGCACAUAUUCGUCGCCAACUACAUCAGCAACUACGUCAGCAACUACGUCAGCAACUACGACAUCACUUACCACGUCAGCUACGACGACCUCGCACACGACCAACCCCCCCAAUGUGUGCCUCUCCAGCUGCAACAACGUGGCCGUCAGCAACGAGCGUUACCCGUACUGCGGGUCCUGCACCCAUUACGUCCAGUGUCUCAACAGCGGCAUGAACGUCGUGAAAUGUCCUGGGAACCUGUGGCACAACGACGCCAUCGACGACUGUGAUGUUCCCAGUACAACGACCUGCUACGCGACAACGUCACAGACAACGUCACAGACAACAUCAGCAACAACAUCAGCAACAACACCUGGGUUAACGACUGGGACUUGUGUCAACUCCUGCACUGGCAAAGACGAUGGCGACUAUCAGCACUGCACCGACUGUUACAAGUUCGUGGCCUGCUCUAGCGGCAUCAAGUACGACAUGCCCUGCGCCGCCACCCUGGUCUGGGAUAAUGUGGAGAAGCAGUGUCUGGGAACCUCCAACACCUGUACUCCAAUUUCAGGAUAAAUCGUGGUCCUCACUCGCCAAUGUUCGUAAACAAGUGAUUGGUUUCAGAAAACAGAAAGAAACAUCCAUCUGUUGUCGCUAUGAACGCUAUAAACGGCUGCUUGAAAGAAGUGACCUCCAAAAUAGUCUUUCAAAUCCUUCCCGGUCACCGAUCAGAAUUUCUCUUCCCUCCAACCGAAUUUCUCACACCCUCCCAAGAUCAGAAUUUAACGCACUAGCAUCCCCGAUCUGAGUUUCUGUCUCUUCGAAUUACUUGUCUUCGUGUUCAAUACAAGAUUCGGCGUGGGUGUUUGGGUACUUUCGCCCUGAUGAACCUCUUUCAUCAUCGAUGAAGAAACUUGGGUUCCUUUAGGUUUGAUCUGGAGGUAACUGAGGAUACGAUGUAUAGUUGCGUUUCAAUAAAAAAAAUAUGCAUUCUAAAAA